ACUGGCGGCUGUCGGAGGGCUCUUUUGAAACGAAAGCUGUGCGCUCACGUGGCUGAGGGCGCGCGGAGUUGCACAAGACGCCCUUGUGGGAAGCUGACUCCGCCCUCCUCCCACGCCCCGCCGCCGGAGCCCCGCUCGCGAGCCUGGGGCCUUUCUUCCUCCUCCGCGGCGGCGCGUGUGCUGUGCGUCGUCUCCUGUUCUAGAGGCACGCGUUUCCCAUUGGUGACAUCUUGGCGGGCCCGGCGGGGCACUUCCUCCUCUGCACCCCGUGACCCACGUCCGCCUCUCGGCCUCCGAUCACGCGGCCUCCGCUUCCCGGACUCCGGACCCCACGCUUCCUAGGUCCCGACUGCCCAUCCCCAGCGUGGUUAAGAACAAACAGAAGAUGCACCUGGAUUUUCCUCGGAGCCCUCUGCAUUGUUAAGCUUCGGGUGGAAUUUGGGGGCCUUGGGCUGUAAGCCUUUCUUGCUUCAUAGAAAUCAGUCCUGCUGCUUCCGUGGACAGUUUGUUACCUACCAGAAGUGUCAACCACUGAAGUCUUCAAGGUUGUUCUUUAAGCCUCAAAAAAAGCUGUGCCCAAGCUUGUCUGACAUCUGCCCUGCCAAGUGUCCAUGAUGCUAGGCCCCGAGGGAGGUGAAGGUUUUGUGGUCAAGCUCCGUGGCCUGCCCUGGUCCUGCUCCAUUGAGGACGUGCAGAACUUCCUCUCCGACUGCACGAUUCGCGAUGGGACCGCAGGCGUUCAUUUCAUCUACACUAGAGAGGGCAGGCAGAGUGGUGAGGCUUUUGUUGAACUUGAAUCAGAAGAUGAUGUAAAAAUGGCCCUGAAAAAAGACAGGGAAAGCAUGGGACACCGGUACAUCGAGGUGUUCAAGUCCCACAGAACCGAGAUGGAUUGGGUGUUGAAGCACAGCGGUCCCAACAGUGCCGACAGCGCCAACGAUGGCUUCGUCCGUCUUCGAGGACUCCCAUUUGGAUGCACAAAGGAAGAAAUUGUCCAGUUCUUCUCAGGGUUGGAAAUCGUGCCAAAUGGGAUCACAUUGCCUGUGGACCCCGAGGGCAAGAUUACAGGGGAAGCUUUUGUGCAGUUUGCCUCACAGGAGUUAGCUGAGAAGGCCCUGGGGAAGCACAAGGAGAGGAUAGGGCACAGGUAUAUCGAAGUGUUCAAGAGCAGUCAGGAGGAAGUCAGGUCUUACUCAGAUCCCCCUCUGAAGUUCAUGUCUGUGCAGAGGCCGGGGCCCUAUGACCGCCCUGGCACAGCUAGGAGAUACAUUGGCAUCGUGAAGCAGGCGGGCCUGGAGCGGAUGCGGCCCGGCGCCUACAGUGCAGGCUAUGGCGGCUACGAAGAGUACAGCGGCCUCAGCGAUGGCUACGGCUUCACCACCGACCUGUUCGGGAGAGACCUCAGCUACUGUCUCUCAGGCAUGUACGACCACAGAUACGGAGACAGCGAGUACACAGUGCAGAGCACCACCGGGCACUGCGUCCACAUGAGAGGGCUUCCUUACAAAGCAACCGAGAAUGACAUUUACAACUUCUUCUCUCCGCUCAACCCCGUGAGAGUGCAUAUUGAGAUCGGCCCGGAUGGAAGAGUGACCGGCGAAGCAGACGUGGAGUUCGCCACUCACGAAGAGGCUGUGGCGUCUAUGUCGAAAGACAGGGCCAACAUGCAGCACAGGUACAUAGAACUCUUCUUGAAUUCGACGGCGGGGGCCAGCAGUGGGGUGUAUAGCAGCCAGGUGAUGCAAGGCAUGGGCGUAUCAGCAGCCCAGGCCACCUACAGCGGUCUGGAGAGUCAGUCAGUGAGCGGCUGCUACGGGGCUGGCUACAGCGGUCAGAACAGCAUGGGUGGGUACGAUUAGCUUCAUAGGGAUGCUGAAGUUUCUUCAAUCAAAUUUUCGCAGGCAGCCAACAAGCAAUGAAUGAAGAGUAGUUGUAACUCUAGAGGAAGUUGUGGGACCCAUUUUGCACCAUGAGUUUGUGAAAUCUGGAUAAAAAAAUUACCUCUUCAGUGUUUUCUCAUGCAAACUUUUCUUCUAGCAUGUGAUAUUGAGUAAACUAAAACUAUUUUCAGCUUUUCUCGAUUAACAUUUUGGUAGUAUACUUCAGAGUGGUGUUACCCGAGUUUAAGUAGUUUCAGUAUGUUAAAUAUGGACCUUCGCCGCCACAUCGCAGUGAACACACUGGGGAGACGUGCUUUUUUGGAAAACUCAAAGGUGCUAGCUCCCUGAUUCAAAAAGAAAUAUUUCUCAUGUUCAUUCUAGUUUAUGUUUUCAUUUAAGAUCUUUUAGGUUAAGUUUAAGCUUUUUAAGAGUUAGUUUUGAGAAUUGAGACACAAUACUAAUACUGUAGGAAUUGGUGAGGCCUUGACUUAAAACUUUCUUUGUACUGUGAUUUCCUUUCGGGUGUAUUUUGCUAAGUGAAACUUGUUAAAUUUUUUGUUAACUAAAUUUUUUUCUUAAAAUAAAGAUUUUUUCACAAUGACUGGCACAAGAUUAUCUACUCAGCAAAAGGUAGCAAAAUGGGUUGUUGAAUUCAUUUUAUUCCUAAUGUAUUUUAGUGUGAAUUUUAAAAUUUCGUACAUCAAAUCUAUGCUCUCCCUUAUAUUCUUACAAUGAGGCUAAAUAAAGGUUUAAUAAAAAUGUUAA